AUGAAGAUGGGUAAAAAAGUACGUGAAUAUAAGUCCGGUGACUUUAUAUUUGCAAAAGUAAAAGGAUAUCCAGCCUGGCCGGCGAGGGUUCAAAGACUAAAUGGGAAAAAGUAUUUUGUUUAUUUCUAUGGAACUGGUGAAACAGCCAACCUUCCUCCAAAUAUGAUAUUUGACUACGCAGAAAAUAAAGAUAAGUUUCUAACAAAAACUGUUAAAAGACGUGAUUUCAAUGACGGUGUUAAACAAAUAGAAUAUGACUUCGCCAAUAAUGUGCCGCUCGAACAAGUUAUUGGGAUCGUGGCUGAGACUCCAGACAGUGUGAAUAAUACAAUGAAUGAGACAUUAAAUGAAACUGCUGACGAGACUAUGGCUGAUACAACAGCUGAUGAAAGCAUAGCUGAAGAGAACACCACCCAAAAUGACACAGCAAUUGAAGAUUCUGAUGAAACAGGAGGUCUGAUAAUUGAUGAAGGAGGCAAGCCAAAACCGGCGAAACGUGGUCCAAAAACACCAGCAAAGGAUACACCGAAACCCAAAGAAGUUAAAACACCAAGAAGGGGCAAGAAAGAAGAUGUUAAUAAAGAUAAUAAAGAAGAUAUUAAUAAAGAUGAUAAGAAAGAUGAGGAAAUUGUCAGUAGGAGUGGAAGGAAAAUAAGACCUAAAAGGUACAUAGAUGAACAUACGGAGGAAAAUUCUACUUUACCGUCGCCAGCGCCUAAGAAACGUAGAGCUUCGCCUAUAGAGAACGAAAAAGAAAAUGCUCAAGAAAAAGACAGUGUCAAACAAUUCAAUGUUGUAACACAGAACGAACUUGAGGAUUUAAAGGAGCCGUUUGCCCCAGGCGAUCUAUUAAGUUCUAUGAUAUUAAGUCAAUACGACGACAAUUUCGCACAGAAUUUACUUUUGGAUUGCAACGAAGAUGACGUGAAAACAAAUACGGAGGAUCCAGAAAAGGACACUAUAAUAAUCACAUAUCUGCCAUCCGGUCAGUAUGUUGGUAUAAAGUUGUUUCAAUCGAGGCCCAGUUUCAAGAACGAAGCUUCAAGGCUUCAGUGGGAUAAACAGGCGGCAAGCAAUGCACUCACAUUAAAGAUGCAAUUAGAGAAAGGUCAGAUUACAGCACAAUCUGUGAUCGCUCAGCUAGUUAUGGAUCUCAACUUGUCAGAUCAAGAAAAGGCAAUGUUUGAUAAGGAAAGGGAAACAGAGGAAAAGAAAUCUCGCGUACAAUUUCUAAAGACUGAAAUGAAGCUUAUAGAGCUUGAUGCUAAGAUAAAGACAUGUCUGUGUUUGGAGAAAGCUGAUACGGAGUUAUGUUUGAAGUUACUUGAUGAACUUAUGGAACUUGAAUUAAAGCCGCUAAUGCUAUUAAAACAUCCAUCAUGUCUUGAGACUAUCAAACGUAUGAGAGCAUAUGUUGGUAACACACCGUCGUGGGAAUUAAGUGAAGAGGCCGUGUUACAGUUCAGCCAACACGCUGGCAAGAUAAGGAGACAGGCUGACACUUUAUAUAAUAAUAUGAAGGAUCUAUUCCCUACACUGGAAGGUCUAUCAUUUUGGGAAUUCUUCACAGAACGUGUCAAUCAAUUCAAAAAGGCCACAUCUAAACUAAGCUCUGAUGAACUACUGGAAUUAGUGCAUGAACCUUUGGAAAUGUCAGUACCAACAUCACACACAAUGAAAUCGGCCGUUGAAGCUGCGAAUGAAGACGAAAAUGAAGAAUCAAAGAAAAAACCUCCAGUCAAAGCAAAGAAAGUUAAUAGCACUCCCUCAAAACCGCCGUUAAAACGACAAUCAUCUAGAAAACAGCAACAGGAUGAGAAGGAAAAAGAAAAGGAAACAAAACUUGAAGAACAAACAGAGAACAAAAAGAACGAAGAAGAUAAAGAUAAAGAUGACAAAGAUAAUAACGAAGUAGAAAAAGAUAGCAAAGAUAAUGAAAUUACAGAUACAGAUAAGACAGAAGAAGCUAACACAGAAGAUGAUGAAGCAAAAGAUAAAGAUACACAAGAAGAAAACGAAAAGGAAGCCAUCAAUGAAACAAAAGAUAACGCGGAAAAGGAAAGCGAAAAAGAUAAAGCACAAAACGAUACAGAUAAAGAUAAGGAAAGUACGGAGUCAGAUAAAGAUAAGAAUGAUAAAGAAGCUAAGGAAGUUAAAGGAAAGAACAGCAAAGAAGAUAAGAACGAAAAGAAUAGUAAAGAAGAUAAAGUCGAAGAUGAACCGAGAGCUAAACGGACGAGAGAGAGUAAGAAGACUGAUCCACCGCCGCGCUCACCAACGAAAAGAAAAGCCAAAAUGAAUUGA